AUGGCCUCGCUGCUAGGAACUUACCCGUGGCCCGAGGGUCUCGAGUGCCCGGCCCUGGAAGCCGAGCUGUCGGACGGGCUGUCGCCGCCGGCCGCCCCCCGCCCGCCGGGGGACAAGGGCUCGGAGAGCCGUAUCCGGCGGCCCAUGAACGCCUUCAUGGUGUGGGCCAAGGACGAGAGGAAACGUCUGGCGGUGCAGAACCCGGACCUGCACAACGCCGAGCUCAGCAAGAUGCUGGGAAAGUCGUGGAAGGCGCUGACGCUGUCCCAGAAGAGGCCCUACGUGGACGAGGCGGAGCGGCUGCGACUCCAGCACAUGCAGGACUACCCCAACUACAAGUACCGGCCGCGCAGGAAGAAGCAGGCCAAGCGCCUGUGCAAGCGCGUGGACCCAGGCUUCCUGCUCAGCUCGCUCUCCCGCGACCAGAACUCCCUGCCCGAGAAGCGGGGCGGAGGCCGAGGGGCGCCGGGGGAGAAGGAGGACCGGGGUGAGUACUCCCCAGGCUCCGCGCUGCCCGGCCUGCGGGGCUGCUUCCACGACGGCCCAGCCGGCGGCAGCGGCGGCGGCAGCGGCGGCACCCCGGGCAGCGUGGACGCGUACCCCUACGGGUUGCCCACCCCGCCGGAGAUGUCACCCUUGGACGUGCUGGAACCGGAGCAGACCUUCUUCUCCUCACCAUGCCAGGAGGACCAUGCGCACUCCCGCCGCAUCGCCCACCUGCCCGGGCCCCCCUACUCCCCGGAGUACGCCCCCAACCCCCUCCACUGCGGCCACCCCCUGGGCUCCCUGGCCCUCGGUCAGUCCUCGGGCGUCUCCAUGAUGUCCACCGUGCCUGGCUGUCCCGCGUCUCCGGCCUAUUACUCCCAGGCCGCCUACCCGCCUCUCCACUCCAACCUGCACGCCCACCUGGGCCAGCUCUCCCCGCCUCCCGAGCAUCCCGGCUUCGACGCCCUGGAUCAGCUGAGCCAGGUGGAACUCCUGGGGGACAUGGAUCGCAAUGAAUUCGACCAGUACUUGAACACUCCCGGCCACCCAGACUCCGCCGCCGGGGCCCUCAGUGGGCAGGGCGCGGUCUCUGAGGUGACAUCGACGGGGCCCACAGAGACCAGCCUCAUUUCCGUGCUGGCUGACGCCACGGCCACGUACUACAACAGCUACAGCGUGUCAUAG